GGGAAAUCAAAGUAAUUCCCUCUCUUCCAUUGCCUGUAUUCUUCCCCAUGCCCACGAUGAUCAAACUUUUCAAUCUACUUCUUGUGUGCGGUGGUCUCCUAGCCGAAAUCCCCUCGACACAGGCUCAGGGAUUGAUAGGACAGGGGUCUGGGGUCGCAGGUGCUCGCUUUGGCCAGGGCUCAGGAUCUAGAAGCGGGCUCGGUCGUGGCUGUUGUUGCUUCGAAGAGCCAGAGCCAGAACCAGAACCUGAAACUCCUCUUGAGUGUAAUCCACAAUGUCCCUCUGCCCAUGAGAAGAUCUUUCAGUGCAAUGGCAGGACAUAUAAGCAGUUCUGCGGCCUUCAUGUCGCUACCACCACUCUGAGAGAGUUUGACGUGUCUUCUUAUCAAGCAUGCUUCGACAGCUGUGUUCAGGAAACUCAGUGCCACGCUCUUGAUUAUAUGAACAACCACUGCUGGCUGAAAAUGCAAGGCGUUGAUCCGCCCCCCAAAGUCAUGCCUAGUAAUCAGGAUAUUAGCAUCAUCUUCCUUUGAUUCCAGAACUGCUUUUCGAUGGACGAGAAGAAGGGAAAUUUAACGUUCGGAAAAUGUGUGGUACAAUAUACGGUUGAUCCUUGGUUAACCUGGAUAUUGAAGGAGAUUUGGAUGAAGGCCUUAUUCGAGCUAUUCUAGGGUUACAUAUGUCAUAUUUAGAAUAGUAAGUAAAUUCGUUUUAUUUGUCCUGUCAAUAUCGUUUUUAAAUGCAUUCGCUUUUCUUCAUCCAAAA